AUGUCUUCAACUCCUCCACUGCCAGAAUGGAAACUCCAGUUACUGGAGCGUCGGCGAAAGGAGGAAGAGGAGACGCGGCGGCGGGAACAGGAGCAACAAGACCGCAUGGCUAAGAUGCCGGCUUGGAAACGGGAAAUCAUUGAACGACGCCGGGCCAAGCAAGGUUCAAGCACUUCUUUUUCUGAACCAAGCGGACCAGGGGAAACUGAGAGUGGCCCAUCCUCCACGCCUGCUGCAACAUCAUCCUACCAAGAGGGGGAGCCAGAGAGUUCUGUGCUACAGGAGAAGAUUGGCCCAGUCCACCAAAAUCCUUUCAUUCAACUGGAGAAGCGCCGCCAUCAUCAUGAGUCUGGCCCUCCGGAAAAUGAACUUGCGAACACCAAAGCCAAGCAAAUAGUGGAUCUGUGUGGGCAGAUUCCAGGCGUCCGGACCCUGCGGGCAGACAAUGUCAUUAUAAUUGAAACAGCCCAUGGGGCGCCACCGGCACAGCUGGCUAGCGACCGCCACUCGGCAGAAGCCAAAUCUGGCAGCAUGGAGUCCCUCAAUGAGCUGCUGGCCCGCCGUGGGGGCAGCGUGACUGAGAUCCGUGCAGGGGAGGUCUUCAUCGUCAAGUCGGCUUUGAGCCGCAGCGUGGAGGAUCUCAACGCCGUGGGCCGAGCUGAGCAUCGGGCAUCGUUGCCCGAGCAGCGCCAAGGGCGGGUGAGCAAAUUGCUUAGCCGAUUCAGCCAAGAGGACGGUGGAGGGAUGGCGAUGCCAUCGCCCCCGGUGAAGUCCCUCAGCACUGAGAAUUUAACCGAAAGCAGCAGCUUUGGAGGAAGGAAGCUAGUCCAUUCUCCGGCAGACCCCAUCCUGGCCCGGCUGCCAUGUGUCAAUCGCCUCCCCAGCCCUCCCUGUGACCUCCCGGGACUGACACCCCCAGGCCCUUGCACUGUGGCAUCUUAUCGAAGCCAAUUUGAAGCUAAAUCAAGCAGUGGGGAGGGCUGGCCAGAUAGUCCCCCAAGGCGCUCACCCACUGGGAAAAGGUGGGGAAGGGAGGCUGUGUCCCCAGACAGAGGGCCCAGGAUGGAGACCAGUGAUAUGGAGGCGGCAGUGGAAUGCCCCUCGGCUGAGGACGAUAUCCAGGGCAAAGCCUUGGCCAACCUGCGCCUCCACUCCAGGAACUCCUUCAUGGUCGUGCCACUGAGGGCUUCAGCUUCCCCUCCCCCAGAACCCAAGCAGGAAGCCAGUCCUUCUCCUCCUUCAGCCAAGCCCCCAGUCCCCACUUCCUGCUCUUCACCCAGCUGUGAACAACUUCUCCCGGACGCUGUUGAGGAGCCGCUGUCUGAGGCCGAGGCCAUGCGACGCAGCAGCAACAGCAAAGUUAAGGAGGACAUUAGGAUGGGAAGCCUGGCCCGGGGCUCAUCCCCGCAUCCAGCCAUGCAGCGUCGCAGUGGCAACACCAUCACAAUCAAUCCUCGGAAGGCCCCUGUGUCACCUGUCACGGCUGUGGAGAACGGCAUCGAGAGCUCUCCGCCAAUGGCCACGAUGCCCAUGAAGAAGCGUUACCCCACAGUGGAGGAGAUCCAGGUGAUUGGAGGCUACCUCUCCCUGCAGAGAUCGUGUCUUGCAAAGAACGACCGACAUCGGAAAAAGAUGAGCAAACGAAGCAAAGAAAAUUGA